AUGCUGGCAUGUCAGCUCGAGAGUCUUCGAAGAGAGACGCUCCUUGGCAUACUUGAGACUCUCGGCUUUCCUGGCGCUCCCGUGAACAUGUUCGACGUUUUGUAUUCUUUUCAAAGUGCUGACGGAAUCCCCCCACAAACCCGCCAAUGA